AGGAGGGUUGGUCGCCCGCCGGAUUCGAUGCGAACCUAACCCAAUUCUCGCGCGUUGGACGUUCGGGCUUUUUAUGCCGGGUUCCUCUCAAGUUUCCACGUGGUUCUUCGUUUCGGCUCGCACGUUUUUUCGUUGGUUUUUUUUUACACUCGAUGCUUAAUUCGUUCCCGCCUUGAAUGAAAGUACAAGUGCGGUUUUGAGAAGUGAAAUAUUUCGGAGAAUUUUCUCAUUGGUGACGGACGAUCAUGGUGGCACGGAAUUCGGACAGUGAGCAGGGUUGAAAGUUUGUCGUUGACUGUCGUGCUUUAUCUACAUCAACCGCGGAGAGAAUUUGCAAGUCGUCAGUGUCUAUGUUUAAAAGUGCGGAUAACUGAAAGAAUCGGCUGUAAAUCAAGUCGCGCAGUUCAAAAAGAUUGCCGAGAUUUUUUCCGGAGAGUUAGAAAAAUAUUCAGUGAUUUUAAAAAAUCCUGCCGAACGAGAAAGAGAACUUACUCUCAUUGAAGAAUUUAAGAAGACGCAAGAUUUGUUGCGUCAAAUUCACGGUUGAUCGCUACAAAAUGUGAAGCAGCUGCAAAAAUCCACGAAGAACUGCACCUCUAUGUUAAACUAAACCCCAGGAGAAAGUUUACUGUGCGAUCGAAGGGAUUUUCAAAUACGGGACAUCCCUCUGCAACUCUCAUCGAAGUUACCAAAAUGUUUCAUAAACACUCGGCGAAUAAAAGCUUCAUUAUUUCAAAUGAAUCUGCGUAAUCCUUCAGUUCAGCAAAGCCAAUAAUUUCUGAUUGUGUGGAUACGAACGUUUCUUAAUUGCCUACAAAAGCAAAAAUAAAUUCGUCUUUAUCAUUGAAAGUGCAAUUUGAUUUAGAUCUAGCCCCAACACAGGAAAACGUUAGCUUUGACGAAAAGCUAAUCAAUUUUCGUAGUUUGAAAUCUUCACUUUAUUCCAAUAUUUACAUACAACAGUGACCGGAUAUAACGACUGAAGUAUCGUGUUGUGAUUUUCGUCAAAAAAUUUGAAUCUAAAACGCAGGACUUCUGUGAUCGGCGGAGGAUUGAAGAGAGGUCAACCAGUCGUUUUUAAUUGUUGCACACAAAUGUUUUUCCCUAAAUCAUUCCAAUAUACGAUAAUCAUCAUCGUUUGAUCCAAAUUUAAGUGCAUUCUGAUCAAAAUCGACAAAUACUUAAUUGAAAACGUCAGGAAUUGUCCAAAGUAUCUUGGGUGGAUGCGGUUUCAAAUCAAAAUAAAUAUAAACUGGGUUCUGAGAACCGCGCUCAAAUUAGACUGACUCCAGAUUCGUUCGUGUCCAGCCGAGAAUAACCCGAGUCUUUUAACGAAAUAUGAGUUUCUAGAACAUGGAUUCACGGUCAACUUCAACUUCUUCAACUUCGUUCAACUUCUCCUCUCGUUGAAAAUCGUCACGUCUCGAGAGUAAAGUUCCGAUGGGAUCCCCGAAAAUCGACGUGAUGCUCUCCUCGGCCGAAGAGGAGGAGGAAGAGGACUCGAAGGGCCCGAGUCGGAAGUGCUCGGACGAGGAGAGCCAGGCCUCCGAGCGCCUGGUCCAGGAGAAAUACUUCCCGCAGCUCGCGGCGCCUGAAAGAUGCUUCCCGCACAUCAAGAAGUCCCAGUCGCCGACCUCGACGACGGCGACCCCUCGCUCGGGGGGCAACUCCUACACCUCCUUCUCCAUCUCGAGCAUCCUGAGCAGCGCCAAGGAGAAGCGACACGCCGCCGAUCUCGACGCCAAGGAUAAGGGCGAUCGGGACCCCGAAGACGAGGAGGGGGAGGCAGAGCGGGAGCUCGUCCACCCCCUCGAUGUCCAUCACCUCGCCGUCGGAUCCCUCCACCCCUGCGCCACGGACCCGGGCAUGCUAUCCAGGCUAGGAAUUAUGACGCAUUGGGGUGCCCUGGCGGCCGCUGCCGCAGGUCGGAGUCCGUUCCUGAGCGUAUACCCCAGUCACCCACCCUCGAUAGACAAACACUGGUACACCGCCUGGUCCCGCCUUCACUCCGCCCCACCCUCUAGUCCCACAGGUGGCUCGGUAACGACGAACGAGGACGCGAGCAGGCCGUGCUCGCCGCAGAGUCUGAGCGCAGCCGACGCGGCGGCCGCGAAAGACGCCUCCAGCGAGAAGGGCACCGACACGAAGGAGGCGCGCGAGGGCUCCAAGUCCCCGUCGGGCGGCGCCCUCUUCCGACCCGGCUCCCCGCUCAAGCACUCCGAGAGCGGAGGCGGCGGAGGCGGAGGAGGGGGAGGCGGGACGCCGUACCUCAGCCAGAACUCGAGCAACUUCCUAGCGCGGAGCUUAAGCGGGUUCAGUCCGCAGCAGAGGCGGAUGGUCUUCAGCAAGCGGGCACUGGAAGACAGUGGCAUGGCUGACGAAGAUGCUGACGAUUGCGACGAGGAGGAGGGUGAUGAUAGCAAGAACAACAAUCUCAACAGCAGCAAGAGGAAGAAGAAAACCCGAACCGUCUUCUCGCGGAGUCAGGUGUUCCAGCUGGAGUCGACGUUCGACAUGAAACGCUACCUGUCGAGCUCGGAGAGAGCCGGGCUGGCCGCCUCCUUGCAUCUGACGGAGACGCAGGUGAAGAUCUGGUUCCAGAACCGGCGGAACAAGUGGAAGCGGCAGCUGGCCGCGGAGUUGGAGGCGGCCAACAUGGCGCACGCCGCCCAGCGCCUUGUCCGCGUCCCGAUCCUCUACCACGAGUCCGCGCCCAGCGCCACCAGCCCCGGCACCGGACUCGCCGCCUCCACGCAGCUCCACUCCAUCAUACAGCCGGUCACCUCCAGCGCGCACUCAAUCAUGCAGCCCAUCACGACCUCCAGCGGUCCCGGUGCUCUCCACCUCAGCACCUCGCCGCCCACCUCCACCUACUCGUCCCUCUACUUCCACCACCAUCACCCGACUCUCCACGCCAUACAAUCCACGACGAGCCCGGUUGCCUCGCGACCUCCACUCCCCAGUCUUGUUUAAUCGCCCCGGGUAUUGGCUACG